CGCUCCCCCGUGCCCCCCGGAUGCCGUGCAGGGCCGGGCGCUCCGCCCCACGGGGAGCACCGGGAGCAGCGCUCGGUGCUGCGGGCAGCGCUGCUCGGGGGGUGGCAGGAAAGGGUGGGGGGCGUCGCGUUGUGCUUCAGCGCGUGCAGCCGGCAGAGCCGCUCCGCGUCCGAACCGCUGCGGCCGUCCCGGCAACCGGGAGCCACGAACUGACCGCGACAAUAAAGAACUGGAACGGACACGGGCUGCUCCUCCUUACCGGGCUGCUCCCUCCUCCCCGUGCGGGGCGGGCUCGGCUCGAGGGCGGCCCCGCUCCUCCCCCCGCCGCCAUGUUCGCGGCGCCGCUGCGCAGGGCCCGCAGGCCGGUGUUCCUAGCGGGCAGCCUGGCCAUGGCCACGGCUGGGAGGAGCAGCCCGCCCCGCCGCGCCAACCGGCUCAUCUACGAGAGGUCCCCGUACCUGCAGCAGCACGCACACAACCCCGUGGACUGGUACCCGUGGGGUCAGGAAGCCUUUGAUAAAGCGAAGCAGGAGAACAAGCUGAUCUUCCUGUCAGUGGGGUACUCCACCUGCCACUGGUGCCACGUGAUGGAGGAGGAGUCCUUCAAGAACCCGGAGAUCGGUGAGAUCAUGAGCAAGAACUUUGUGUGCAUCAAGGUGGAUCGUGAGGAGCGGCCGGACGUGGACAAAGUGUACAUGACCUUCGUGCAGGCCACCAGCGGUGGAGGGGGAUGGCCGAUGAGCGUCUGGCUGACUCCGGACCUCAAGCCCUUUGUUGGGGGCACGUAUUUCCCCCCUGAGGACAGCACCCACCACGUGGGCUUCCGGACUGUGCUGCUCCACAUUGCAGAGCAGUGGAGGCAGAACAAAGAGGACCUGCUGCAGAGCAGCCAGAGGAUCCUGGAAGUGCUGCGCUCCCUGUCCCGGGUGGGCACACAGGACCGGCAGGCAGCCCCCCCAGCCCAGGAGGUGCUGACCACCUGCUUCCAGCAGCUCUCUGGCUCCUACGACGAGGAUUAUGGUGGCUUCUCACAGUGCCCCAAGUUCCCCACCCCAGUGAAUUUGAAUUUCCUCUUCACCUACUGGGCACUGCACAGAACAACCCCAGAAGGGGCCAGAGCGCUGCAGAUGUCACUGCACACUCUGAAGAUGAUGGCACAUGGGGGCAUUCAUGACCACAUCGGUCAGGGCUUCCACCGCUACUCCACCGACCGGCACUGGCACGUCCCGCACUUUGAGAAGAUGCUGUACGACCAGGGGCAGCUGGCAGCUGUGUACAGCAGAGCCUUCCAGAUCUCUGGUGAUGAGUUCUUUGCUGACGUUGCUGCUGACAUCCUGCUGUACACCUCGCGGGACCUGGGCAGCCAGGCUGGAGGCUUUUACAGUGCAGAGGAUGCAGAUUCCUACCCGACAGCCACCUCCAGUGAGAAGCGGGAGGGAGCUUUCUGUGUGUGGGCAGCUGAGGAGGUCCGGGCUCUGCUCCCUGACCCGGUGGAGGGGGCUGCAGAGGGGACAACCCUGGGAGAUGUCUUCAUGCACCACUACGGGGUGAAGGAGGAGGGCAAUGUGAGCCCCAGCAAGGACCCCCAUAAGGAGCUGCAGGGCAAAAACGUCCUCAUUGUGCGCUCCUCCCCAGAGCUGACGGCCGCACGCUUCGGGCUGGAGCCGGCCCAGCUGAGUGCUGUGCUGCAGGAGGGCAGGAACAGGCUGCAGGCAGCCCGGGCACAGCGCCCGCGGCCCCACCUGGACACCAAGAUGUUGGCCUCGUGGAAUGGACUGAUGAUCUCAGGCUUUGCCCAGGCUGGAGCAGUGCUGGCCAAGCAGGAGUACGUGAAGCGGGCAGUGCAGGCGGCUGCCUUUGUGCGCAGGCACCUCGUGGAGCCGGGCAGUGGCAGGUUGCUGCGGAGCUGCUACCGUGGCGAGGCCGAUGUGGUGGAGCAGAGUGCCACUCCCAUUCAUGGGUUCCUGGAGGAUUACGUCUUCAUCAUCCAGGGUCUCUUUGACCUCUACGAAGCUUCCCUGGACCAGAGCUGGCUGGAGUGGGCCCUGCAGCUCCAGCACACACAGGACAAGCUCUUCUGGGACCCCAAGGGCUUUGCAUACUUCUCCAGUGAGGCUGGUGACCCCUCACUGCUGCUGCGCCUGAAGGACGACCAGGAUGGAGCGGAGCCCGCUGCCAACUCCGUCACUGUCACAAACCUGCUCCGAGCAGCCUCGUACUCCGGCCACAUGGAGUGGGUGGAGAAGGCUGGGCAGAUCCUGGCUGCCUUCUCUGAGAGGCUGCAGAAGAUCCCGCUGGCCCUGCCAGAGAUGGCCCGCGCCACUGCCCUGUUCCAUCACACCCUCAAACAGGUGGUGAUCUGUGGGGACCCCCAAGGAGAAGACACCAAAGAGAUGCUUCGCUGUGUGCACUCCACCUUCAUCCCCAACAAGGUGCUGAUGCUCGCAGAUGGAGACCGUGCUGGGUUCCUUUACCGCCAGCUGCCAUUCCUGUCUUCCCUGGAGAGGAAAGAGGGCAAAGCCACCGCCUAUGUCUGCAGCAACUUCACCUGCUCCCUGCCUGUCACUGAGCCCCGUGCCCUGCAGGAGCUGCUCUGCGCCUGAGCCCCUUUGUCCCACCAAGAGGACUGGGCUGCUUUGGAGGGAAGAGAAACGAAUACAAGUCCCAGCGUUAACACAGCGGUCGGAUGCAAAAACUACUUCUGGUUCCUAUAGCAACCUGGGGUAAUUGCUGAAUGCUCCUGGGUGAGCUCGAGGUCAGGUGCUUGUGGAGGUGUUACUGCGGGCAGCUGCGGUGCUUUUCAAUGACAGUCUGUAAUGUCCAUCAGUUACAUUGGGGCUGCUCCCAACACUGGGCACAGGCUGCACGAGACCAAACCUGAGCACUUCCAACACAACUCUGCUUUGCCAAUGAUGGAUGCAUGGCGUGGCCUGCACAGGGAGCUUCCAAAGGAGCUUCUCUCCUUGUGAUGCUGUGUCCCACCCGGCCCAGUGCCCACUGUGUGCUGCCUGCUGCCAUCCCAGCACAGCGCUGCCCUGGCUGGUGGCAGAUGGCAGUGGUGCUCUCAGGGCGUUCCAAGGGGCUGUGCCAAGGCCUGGGUGCUUGGCCAGGAGAAAUGCCUUUGAAGUCAAAGAGGAAUGUUGCACCUCGUCUGCUGAAUGCUUCCUGUGCUGUGGACGGGGCGGCUGUUGUUGGUUUUUUAUUUUUUAUGUUUUAAAAGCUGAAGUGUUUCUGGAAAGCCAGCUGCAAAGCGCUGCCUCUGGCGGAUGGCUGCUGCCUUCUGCUUUCUUUGCUUUUUGAGUUGCUAUUGUUUUCUAACUGGACACCUUUGCUGGGGGGGUUGAUGUGACUCCCCAUCCCCACAGCACGCAGGGCAGACCGGUGCUGCAUCCACCCCACACUGUCAUUUGGGGAUCUGGAGGUGGCCAUCCCGUGGUGACAGUCAUCCCCAAAGGGCUCGGGUACGGGGUGCUAUGCUGUGCUAUGCUGUGCCAUGCCAAAGGCUGCGGGUGCCUUUCCCAACUCCCCACUGAGUGUCAGCAUGUCUCUGUCUGCAGCCGUUGGGCAGAGCUGUGCUGGGAAGGGGCUGUCAGAAAGAAUUGGGCUGAGUGGCCAAAGAAAAGAAAAUGGGGAAAAGUUCUGUGUGGCAAAUAAACGCUGCUGUGGCA